AUGUGGCACUCCACUUCGGCGGGUCCGAGCCGUCCCUACUUGCUCGGUGAAGAACCCGGUGCACUCCUAGGAGGUCGGUCCGCACGCGGGACGUGUAGACAAGUUGCUUGAUUUUGCCAGACGCAGCACCCGAGCCCACCUCCUGUCGUCCUGACUUUGUCCUGUCACCAGCUCCAUGUGCGUGAGGGAGGAAAGAGUUCGGCAAAUGCUGCGCAAGUUUGCUAUCACUAUAAACUGAUUCGCGCGUACGUCACCCUGUGGAGCACGCGGUGGACGGUCAAAAUCCCGGUCGUUCAGUCCGUCUUUCAUAGCCAAUGGUGGCUGAAGGAUAGAGAGUUCUGGUGUUCGGUGUUACGGUGUACUGGGAGGGGGUGUCCGAUUAGCCAAAUUCGCACAUAUUCUUUGACGCGCCGUUACCUGACCGAGGAUCAUUGCCAUGGGUAGUUGGCUUUUAUGGGCCCGUGGAGCAGGUGACACGGGUCUACGAAUCAAGUUGCAUUUGGUGACGAGGCGACGUGAGUAGUGGUUGGUGGUAGUGUGCCUGGCCGCAUCUGACCACACAUGGUUCGGCCGAGUUCUCCAGGUUGCAAGCCUCGGCAGUUGGUGUUAUGAACUAUACCGGCGGGAUUAAUUCCAGAGGUAGGGUUGACAGUAUGAAAGCGGAGGUGUCUAAUCAGGACGGUUUAGGCCUAGAACUUGUUUGCUCUGCGCCGACAGGUGGGCAGAGAGUGCCCGAAGUUGGCAGUGUUCUUAUGGUUUUGUCGUAAUGGCGGUGGUGGCUGCGGCUGCGAAAGUGUCCGACCACACCAGUGUAAGUGAAGGUACUUAGAAGGGGGUUGGGUGCUGAGAACGUCAGGUCCUCAGACGCCUCGAUGGGGUCUCAGCCGUCGCCUUUUGUUCGGUGAAGAACCCGGUGCGUGCCUGGGGAACCAGGCCGCAUGUGACUCGUGUAAACGGGCCGUUUGACCUCGCCAGACACAGCGCCCGUCCCGCCUCCUGCCGCCCCGACUCUAUCCUGCCACCGGACUCAGAGGAGUGAGGGAGGAGGGAGUUCGGCUGAUGCUGCGCAAGUCUGCUACCACUAUAAUUCACUCACACACCACCCUGCUGCGCCCACCACGCUGUAGAACACGCGGUGGAUAUCGUCGUUCGCGACCACUACUACUACUACUACUACUACUACUACUACUACUACUACUACUACUACUACUACUACUACUACUACUACUACUACUACUACUACUACUACUACUACUACUACUACUACUACUACUACUACUACUACUACUACUACUACUACUACUACUAA